AUGUCUUACGAAACCAAGGAAAAGGAUUUGCAAGAUUAUUCCAGCGAGCCUCAAUCGGCUGUCGUUGAUGAAGUCAACAGACAAGGUCCCGAGGUGGAUCUCGCUUUGGCAGAUGACCCUCAUCGUGGUCUUCGUAUGCGACAUGUCCAACUUAUUGCGAUUUCAGGAUCUAUCGGAUCAGCCUUGUUCGUCUCUAUCGGAAACCCCCUAACCAGUGCUGGACCUAUUGGUUUGCUUCUUGGUGUGGCCAUUUGGUGUGCGGUGGUUUGGGCCGCCAGUAAUUGUUUGAUCGAAAUGACUUGUCUUUUACCUGUCGAUGGAGGUUUCAUUCACUACGCUGGUCGAUUCGUUGACAAGAGUUUUGGUAUGGCUCUCGGUUGGAACUACGUUAUCACUCAACUCGCUUUGAUAUGUUUCGAACUUGUUUCCUUGAACGUUAUCGUCGAAUACUGGACUUUGACUUUACACCCUGCUAUCAUCAUCUCAGUUGGAUUAGUCGCAUUCUUCAUCAUCCAAAUUUGGUCCGUUCGUUGGUUCGGUGAAAUCGAAUUCUACAUCUCAAUCACCAAGGUAUUCCUCAUGAUCGGUCUUACCUUGUAUACAUUCAUCACGAUGGUGGGAGGUAACCCACUUGGUGACAAGUACGGUUUCAGAUACUGGAAGACCCCUGGUCCUUUCGCUGGUGAAGUCAACUUCAGAAAGGUUCUGACUGGUAUUUUCGAUUCGUUAUCUUGGGCCACCUUCGCUGUCGUCGGCCCAGAUUAUAUCUCAUUGAUCGGUGGUGAAGUCAAGAACCCCCGAAGAAUCUUACCUAAGGCUUUCAACUCUACCAUCUACCGUAUCUUAUGUUUCUACCUCACUGGUGCGCUUUGCGUUGGUAUCGUCUCUUCUUCCACCGACGAGAACUUGCUAGGUGCCAUCUCUGCUGGUGCUCCAGGUGCCGCUAAGAGUCCUUACGUCAUUUCAAUGAACCGACUUGGCAUUCCCGUCCUUCCUUCUCUCGUCAACGCCCUUAUCCUCAUCAGUAUCUUCUCCACUGGAAAUUCUUUCGUUUUUGUCGCUUCUCGAUCGUUGUUCAGUUUAGCCCACAAGAACCAGGCCCCCGCUAUCCUCAAGAGAGUCAACAGACAUGGUGUACCUUGGGUAGCUGUCUGCGUUACUCUCGCUUUCGGUUGCUUGUCAUACCUUUCCGUUUCAUCUGGUACAGUCAAGGUGUUGAACUGGUGGAUUAAUUUGGUCGGUGCCGCUCAACUUGUCUCCUGGACUUGUAUCGGAUUCACCUACCUCCGAUUCAGAUCAGGAUUGAAAGCCCAAAACCUUCUCAACACUAACUACCUUCCUGUGAAAGGUUAUCUCCAACCUUUCUCAGGAUGGUACGUCGUUGUCUGGUCACCUAUCGUAUUCUUCUUCAGUGGAUACUACCUGUUCUAUCCGGGAGCAUUCGCCGGACCAGACUUCGUAUUCGCCUAUGGAAGUAUCUUCAUCUUCCUUGCCAUCUACCUCGGAUCCAAGAUCUACCAAACUGUUUACCAGAAGGAUAAGCACUUUGUCGUUCCCGCCAACGAAAUUGACUUCGUGUCUGAUAUCGAUCAUAUCGACGCUCUGACCCAGGCUUCAGAGGCUAAGAGAGCUAGUAAACCUCAGACCAAAGCUCAGAAAAUUUCGGAUUUCUUUUUUUAA